AAUACUUUUGUAAUUUCAUUUUAUAGAAUCAUAUUCAGCGUGGGUAAGGCUCAGGACUUUCCCGCCGGGUUUAAGUUUGGUGUGGCAACUGCCGCUUAUCAAGUCGAAGGUGCAUGGAAUAUUAGUGGUCGUGCUUCAAGCAUAUGGGAUGAGUUCGUGCACUCGAGGCCACAAGCCACGGCUGACCACUCGACUGGGGACGUCGCCUGCGACAGUUUCCAUCUCUGGAGAAGAGAUAUCGACAUGGUCGCUGAGCUCGGCGUUGACUUUUACAGAUUUUCCAUUUCCUGGACCAGGUUAUACCCUAAUGGAUUCACAAAUUAUCUUAACGAAGACGGAAAAAGAUACUAUGAGGAUCUUAUAGAUACUCUUCUGAACAGAGGUAUUGAACCUUUGGUGACGUUGUAUCACUGGGAUCUACCGCAAAAGUUUCAGGAUCUCGGAGGUUGGACUAAUCCGCUCGUGGUGGAGUGGUUUGCAGAGUACGCUAGGGCGGUAUUCACGCUGUUCGCCGACAGAGUCCACACGUGGAUUACUAUCAAUGAGCCCAUAGCGCUAUGCGACAUGGUCUACCAUGUUGGAAGUCAUGCUCCGGGCAUAUUAAGCCCCGGCGUUGGGAACUAUAUCUGUAUGAAAAAUGUAAUGCUAGCCCACGCUAAGGCGUGGCGCAUUUUCGAUGAAGAAUUCAGAAGCAAGCACUACGGUAGGAUUGCAAUUUGUAACAUGCACCUGGCGUAUGAACCAGCAUCCGAUGAAGAAACCGAGGCCGCAGAAUUAGCGCGUCAAUUAUUCGUGGGAGUCUACACGCACCCAAUAUAUUCAGCAGCCGGUGGCUGGCCUCCAAAAAUUGAAAAAAUAAUAUCUGAUCGUAGUCUCAAAGAUGGAUAUAACUAUUCACGGCUACCAGCUUUUACUACGGCUGAAAAAGAUCUUAUAAGAGGUACUUAUGAUUUCUACGCUAUGAAUUAUUAUACAGGAAGAUUAGUGCGAAAGGCAAAGAUUGCAGAUAAGUACGGGAUUUGGCCGUUGGAAGCGUCCACAGACCUUGAAGUUAUUGUAUACCCAGAUCCUAAAUGGAAAAUGUCGGAUUCAUACUGGUUAUAUGUGUAUCCCGAAGGUAUUCGGCAUCAACUCAACUGGAUUGGGAAGAAUUACGGCAAUCAAGCAAUCAUCAUCACUGAAAAUGGCUACUCUGACAGUAAAAUGGAUUUAAACGAUAAAGAGAGGGUGCAGUACCACAGAGGUCAUCUGAAACAAGUAUUGCUGUCGAUAUACGAAGACGAUGUAAACGUGACGGGAUAUACCGCGUGGAGUCUCAUGGAUAACUUCGAAUGGAACAGUGGUUACACUCAGAGGUUCGGUCUGUACGCUGUGGACUUCACGUCGCCGCUGCGCACGCGCACGCCACGUGCGUCCGCUCUCUACUACGGGGCGGUGGUUCGUCAGCGAUUACUGGACCCAGUGUACGACAACCCCUAUCAGACAAGUCGGGCUAGCAAUAUCGUGAUACAUACUUCUGUUAAUCUGUUUAUUACGUUAAUAAAUUUAAUGUAUUGUUGA